UGGAUUAUUUAACAAGUGCUGAGUCCCAAAUCGCAAUCUGCGGCCACAGAUACAUGAGCCAAGAUAGCCGCGCGCAAUAUUCUUCGUAGCUAAUUUAAUGGGCUACAACUUCGAUAACGUUCUCAAAGCUGAGUAAUAUCUAAGAAAGAAGGCGAUAUUAAGACCAAGGAAUAUCCCUGCAGCAGGUGUUUGAGCUAUGGUGUUGAGGCAGCGGAGAACAAGGUAGCCAUCAGUUGAACACUAUCGUCGUGCGCAAUUACAAAUCACCGGUACGCAAUAAUGAUUCACUUCAUUCGCUCAAUUAUACGAACAUGACUGGUAAUUGGUCAAGUCUGUGGAUAUAAAAACAUAUGUUUUUACGUAGUAAAAUGACCAAAUACAUGCGCAUUGAAAGACAUGUCCAAAGAAAUAGGCUUUUUCUCGUUCUCAAAAAGUAGGCUUACUUAGAGAUGCAUUUUAAAAAAUCUGUCAAUUCAGCAGGAUAGGCUUCUAAAGACUGGACAUGCAUUUCUGUUCCUGUAAUGAACACAUGACUGAAAUGACUUAUCUACGAAGAAAAUAGUUCUAGAGUUAAAUAGAGAUUAACCUCAUUUAGAUGGUCCGUUUAUAAAUACGGAGGAGUUGUCGAGCCGCAGUUAUGGUGGUGGAAAGGACACUGAUUGCCGCAAGGCAGGGGGAUGUACAAACUCUGAAAGUGCAAUUAGCGGAGAAAAUACUGAACAGCGGAGUAAAGGACCUUUUGGGAGCCUCACCUGUCCACCACGCCGCCCGUACUGGAAAACUGACUUGCCUACGUUUCCUCGUGGAAGAAGUGGGUUUACCAGGCAACUGUUUGGCGAAUAAUGGCGCCAGCCCGGCACACGACGCUGCUGCCACUGGCAACCUAUCCUGCUUACAGUGGCUAUUAACUCAAGGGGGAUGUCAUACCGCGGACAGGGAUAGUUCCGGAGCCACCGUUCUCCACCUCGCCUCCCGGUUCAGCCAUCACGAGAUCACUGAUUGGUUGCUGAAGAGCGGGGAGGCUGAUGCCGGGGUGUCCACAGAGACUGGGGCCCUGCCUGUCCACUAUGCUGCUGCCAAGGGAGACCUGCCCUCCCUCCGACUCCUGUUGAGACACAUCCCAAACGUUGUCGAUUCCCAAACAAAGAAUGGUGCCACACCCCUCUACCUGGCCUGCCAGGAGGGUCACCUGGAAGUCGUCCAAUACCUGGUGAAGGACUGCGGGGCGGAGCCGAGCAUCAGAGCCAAUGACGGGAUGACACCUCUGCAUGCUGCCGCCCAAAUGGGCCAUAACACUGUUAUUGUCUGGCUGAUGAGCUUCACAGAGAUCAGCCUGUCAGACCAGGACGGUGACGGUGCCACGGCCAUGCACUUCGCCGCCAGCCGCGGCCAUGCCAAGGUGCUCAGCUGGCUGCUACUGCACGGUGGCGAGAUCAUCACCGAUAGCUGGGGCGGAACGCCGCUACACGACGCCGCCGAGAACGGGGAGCUGGAGUGCUGUCAGAUCCUGGUGGUGAAUGGGGUGGACCUGGGCAUACGGGACCAGGACGGCUUCUCCUCGGCCGACCUGGCAGAGUACAACGGGCACGUCCAGUGUGCCAAGUACCUGUGCACUGUUGAGAACAUGAGUGUGGCGCACCGCGUGCUUUCCAGGGACCCAUCGGCCGACCUGGAGUACAGCAAGCAGCCCGACUUGGGCCUGUCGUCCCCCAACAACACGAUGCCCCCGGCAGGGUCGCGGCAGGCCCAGCAACCGGCCCACUUCGACAUGGGCUCGCCCUCCAGCACCCUGUCCAACUACGACUCAGCCAGCUCCAGCCAGUGUAGCAUGGGAGAAAAGCGGAGCGGCUCACCCCCUUCAUCACGAGCCCCCGCCGGCGGAGACCCAGCGGAGUCGGCCAUAAAUGACAUGCAGACUUACACGGACACGCUCAACCCUGACGUGGAGGCCGGAGCGCCCCAGUGCAAGGAGCCCGCCGCCACCGCUCAGCCACCUCCCCCACCCCUGCUGGCCUUGCCAACGCCCCCUUCCCCUGACUCCCCCUCCCAAACGCUCCUGCCUCCCCCCGGAUACCCUCUGCCACAGUCCCCCGCGGACUCAGCCGAUAUCUAUCUGAAGGUGAAGAGCAACCUGAGGCACGUGGAGAAGCAACUGACUCCAGAAGAGAGCCACGAUAGGCUGCGCCGGGUGGACUCCAACAGAAAGUCUCGAAACUUCAACAAGCAGCCCAGCACGGGGGACUACUACAAAACCCUGGGUAGCGACGCGGUCGACAACCGUGGGGUCCGAACCACGGUGCCUAACAAGGAGGGUUCUCUGUUAUUGGAGGAGUCCGCCGACAGCCCCGCCCCCAGCCCACAGAACGGCACCACCGAAGAGUUGCCCCUCCCUCCUCCCCCGCCCCCACUCCCCAUCAGCAAUCCCACCCCGGCACCCCCUCCUCCCCCGCCAUUGCCCUCAGAAAUGCCCACCUGCCAGUACAGCCCUUCCUCAAGCACCAACCAGCGACGCCCCUCUUCAGGAAGCAACAAAUCCUUCAACAUGAUGUCCCACACCGGAGACAACACGGAGUUGCUGGCUGAAAUAAAAGCGGGGAAGAACCUGAAGCCCACCCUACACAGUAAAGGAUACACAACAGUCUUCUCCAACAGCGGCCUGCCGGGCAGUAAUGGAGAGAGCCCCAUGUCACCGCCCCAGACCCACACGGUCAGCCCGUCCUCAGCCAAGCCCGCGUCUCCGCCCUCCGCCGCCAGCACCACCUCCCCACCCAACGCCCCCAGCCCUGUGGGCACCAGCACGCCCCGGACACUCUCCACCUUCAAGAGCAGCGAGCAGCACCUCAAUGGGAACGACAGCGGGGCAGCAAGCCUGAUGGGACAGACACGGAAGGGUAGCCUGGCGGACGUGGAGGCCCUAGUGCCCACACACGACGAGCAGGGCCGAGCAAUCCCUGAAUGGAAAAGGCAGGUGAUGGUGCGCAAGCUCCAGGUGAAGAUGCAGGAGGAGGAUGAACACAAGCGCAAGGUGGAUGAGGAGGUGACGCGCCUGGCGUCCAUGCCAGGAUGGCGGAGGGACAUCAUCAAGAAAAAGCUUGAUGAAGAGAAGGAACAAAAAAGAAAAGAGGAGGAGCUUGCAAACAAGGCAAAGGAGAGCGAGGAGAAGAACGAGCAGGAGCGACUACGGACCAUGGGUUACAACGAGAGCAAGUUGGUGCCAUGGCAACGGCAGAUCAUCCUGAAGAAAGGAGACAUAGUGAAACAGUAGAUAGCGCCUCCCCAUCCAACCCUCUUCCCCUUUAAUGUCAACCAACCAACACCCAACCCAACCCUCAUCGCACCCCACCCCAACCAGGUUUCCACUAGAUAACACAGCCACAAAGUCAGAUUCCAGAGCAACAAAGGCAAAAUUAGCUACACAAAUGUGUGUUUUGGCCUUAAUUUAAGGUUAUUAGGGUUAGGUUUAAAAUAGACGUUUAAUCUGAGAAAUUAUAGAAAUGUGCCCAGUGUCUUCGAGAGUUUAUGACUUUGUGGCUGUGUUAACUAGUAACGACCCACCAAACAGGACCAUGCCACCUCCCAACAUGCUUUGCAGCUCUGCCAUCCUGAAAUAGUGUGGCCGCACCAAGGUCCCGUGGACAAAAACUGUACGUAUCGCAACGUUAGCGGUGUCCGAUUCAAAGGACUACAUGACCACAUUGAAUAGAUGCUCCUACCCCUUUUUGUCCUGGCAAAACAUUUGGCUAAAAACUGUACGUAUCCCAACUGUAUGAAGACCCUUAGUCUUGAAUCAUAUACACUAGCUUUACUUCACAUUAUUAAACAUGACUGUAGGAAUUUUCCAUACACUCGAACAACCUUUCUCAAUGUUGAUCUGUUGGUCUGUCUUGUUGGGCAUUGUGGGAAAAGUUGUCAUUGCUAUAGGUUCAGCAGUGUUUCAUAAAUAGAAAAACUAUCCACGAUCUGUUUUCUCUGCAUUUGAUUCACCCACACUUACAUUGAUAAUUGAGCUCUAAAACUAGCCUGUUGUAUUCUACUGUAGGUUUGCUUUUAGGAUGGAAAAUGUCAUGGUCAACAUAAUAAGCAAUGGCAUUUCGAUACUGUAUAUAUCAUCUCCAUGUAUUGCACAAAGACCUAUAUAGAACCAGACCAUUCUACUUAAUGAUGCUAUUUUUCAUUGAGCCCAUCUGAACUUCCAGAGAUAUUAUUGAACCAAAUGGGAAAUUGAUAAAGUCCCUCCUGUACCUGUUAUUUUUACAGUGUACGUUAAUAUCACAUGGAUAACUGCAACCAUAACAGUCAUUUAAAAUGGGUUUAUUAAUAUCGUUGUGGAGAACGUAAUUCAAGUCAAAAAUAACACUGAACAAAAAUAUAAAAGCAACAUGUAACAAUUUCAACGAUGUUACUGAGUUACAGUUAAUUUAAGGAAAGCAGUCAAUUGAAAUGAUUACAUUAGGUCCUAUGGAUUUCACAUGACUGGUAUACAGAUAUGCUUCUGUUGGUCACAGAUACCAUUUUGUUUUUUUUAAGUAGUGGAUCAGAAAUGCUGUCUGUAUCUAGUGUGACCACCAUUUGCCUAAUGCAUUGUGACACAUCUCCUUCACGCUGUUGAUUGUGGCCUGUAGAAUGUUGCCCCACUCCUCUUCAAUGGCUGUGCGAAGUUACUGGAUAUUGGCGGAAACAAACCGUCGUACACGGCAAUCCAGAGCAUCCCAAAUACGCUCAAUGGGUGACAUGUCUGGUGAGUAUGCAGGCCAUGGAAGAACUGGGAUAUUUUCAGCUUCCAGGAGUUGUGUACAGAUCCUUGUGACAUGGGGCCGUACAUUAUCAUGCUGAAACGUGAGGUGAUGGAGGAGGAUGAAUGGCACAACAAUGGGCCUCAGGAUCUUGUUACGGUAUCUCUGAGCAUUCAUAUUGCCAUUGAUAAAAAGCAAUUGUGUUUGUUGUCCAUAGCUUAUGCUUGCCUAUACCAUAACCCCACCGCCACCAUGGGGCACUCUGUUCACAACGUUGACAUCAGCAAACCGUUAACCCACACGAAGCCAUACAUGCUGUCUGCCAUCUGCCCGGUACAGUUGAAACCGGGAUUCAUCCAGGAAGAGUACACUUCUCCAGCAUGCCAGUGGCCAUCAAAGGUGAGCAUUUGCCCACUGAAGUCAGUUACGAUGCCAAACUGCAGUCAGGUCAAGACCCUGGUGUGGACGACGAGCACGCAGAUGAGUUUCCCCAAAACGGUUUCUGACAGUUUGUGUAGAAAUUCUUUGAUCUUGCAGGUAAAGAAGCCAGAUGUGCAGGUCCUGGGCUGGCAUGGUUACGUGAGGUCGGUUGGAUGUACUGCCAAAUUCUCUAAAACGAUAUUGGAGGAGGCUUAUGGUAGAGAAUUGAAUGCAUCUGGCUACAGCUAUGGACAUUCCUGCAGUCAGCAUGCCAAUUGCACACUCCCUCAACUUGAGACAUUUGUGGUGUUGUGUGACAAAACAGCACAUUUUAGAGUGGCCUUUUAUUGUCCCCAGCACAAGGUGCACCUGUGUAAUCAGCUUCUUGAUAUGCCACACUUGUCAGGUGGAUGGAUUGUCUUUGGCGAAGGAAAAAUGCUCACUAACAGGGAUGUAAAUUGUUUUUACAUUUAUUUAUUUAACCUUUAUUUAACUAGGAAAACUAGUUAACUUCGUUAAACACGUGUGCACAACAUUUAAGAUGUUGUGGGAUCUUUUAUUUCAGCUCAUGAAACAUGGGACCAACACUACAUGUUGCUUUUAUAUUUUUGUUCAGUUUGAGCAUAUAACCCUUUUUUACUUUUCAAUGAAUGUCCUUAUUGUGAUCAUGGUGAAUUGUUUGUGUAUUGCAUGUGUCUUAUGGAUGUCAUAAUUGACUGUUGUCCAACCAAAAGCACAUCUCUUGUUAUCCAAGAGGAUUGAACACUCCACAAUCAUGCUAAUUAAAAAAACACAAUAUUUAGCAAAUCGCUAUGAAUUCAACAAGCAAACAUGUUUUCUUUUAUCGAUUGUAUAAAAUAUUAGGAGCACAAUCGUAACAGAAGUCUCAUCAGCACACUGAAUAUUGCAGAAGUCCCACAAAUACAUCAGUGACUCCUGUGUCCUUUAUCUGGCUUUCACCAGUAAACCUUGGAAUGUAAUAUUUUAUGAGCAGAUCCUUUUACUAGAGGAGAGUUCUCUUUCUCUCUCACUUAAUAUAUUUUCAAUCCACCUACUGGUUUUUAUCUAGGUAAAUGUUGUAGUUUUUUUUUUUUUUUGUCAGGGGACCAAACUAUAGGUAACUCGGGCAUUAUCUUUUUCAGAAAUUACCAUUGUCACAUUGUUGGUUUCGUAGGAUGAUGUGCACUAAUGUUGUGGCUGGAGUUGUUGGACCUCAGAAAUGUGCCAGACGUGUGUUUCUGAAUGUGUAUAUAAAACAUACAGUAUAUGGGCAUCCCCCAAUGUCAAAAAAUGUGCUACAGGUUCACUUCAGAUGUACAUUUUUGCAAGUGUAUCAAACAUAAUAUAUAAUGAAAUGCAUGGUCCUUGUUGAGAAACUAUUUGGAAAUAUUCAAUUCAUUGGAUGGCAUAUUGAUGUGAAAAUGUAAAAGUAUGUAAACGUCAUUGCCAUUAGAAGAUUUUCUAUACGUUUAAUAUUGUAUAUAGUAACCCUCAAUAUUUUGUUGUUUCAUUGUUCCCAUAUUACAGUUCUCAGCCUUGCUUACAUAGAUUGUUGGUUCAUGAAUGUAAAACUAUAUUUUCAGAUUGUCAAAUGGAAUCUUUGACCUUUGUAAAUUGAUUUAUCUACUA